ACUAUUCUGCUAUUUAAUAUAUAGUAGUAGCAUACCACAGAUACAGAAAGCCCAGCAUAGUUAUUAUCGACGGCACAGUAGCAAGACCACAACUUUUAAUUGACCCGAGAACCUGUUGCACGGAAGCGGCAUUUAAUAUGCAUUUCUUAUUUAUAUAUUUAAUUUAGCAGGUGUACAGCUUCUUUCAGCAGUCUGCACCGCAGAUGAUCGCCUCCCCCCAUCCCUCUGCCGGCUGCGGAGACUGAGGUCCGUCUCAUCCACCUGCGUGCUAUUUACAGCACGGCAGUACAGUGAGCGUGUCCUGACUGCACACCAGGACAGAUGAUAAUUUCACAUUCACCCCACAGAGCCACUACCUCUCCUAACCAUCACACUGGUUAAAAGUGUAGCUCUUUACCGGGUUAGGCAGCUUUGAAGGCAGCAAAGUUGCCCAGGAUGGACUCCAAGCGAGAAAAGGACCAAGAUGCAGACCAUGAAAGGAUAACUGCCGUGCUGCUCAAGUCACGUACGGGGGAAUUUGAUCUGGAGUCGAUAUUGUUUCUCAAAUUAAGAAACCUCGGUAUACAUGAUCUUGGAUGCAUUGGGGAAUGUAUAAACCUGGAGAGACUGGACCUCUCUGGAAAUAAUAUCACAAAUUUGGCUCCUUUAGCAUCUCUACGGCUUCUUUCAGUACUCAAUUUGUCUAACAACAGGGUCUCCAAUUUAGAGCCCCUGCGCACUUGUGACGGUUUACAGAACUUAAAUGUGGCUGGUAAUAUUAUAUCCAGUAUUGAGAACCUACACUGCCUUGUUUCUUUGAGAAAGCUAGAAAAUAUACGUCUGAAAGACAACACCUAUAAUUACACUAAUCCAGUGUGCAGAAACUCUUCAUAUAGAGCAGUAGUUCUCGAGAUGUUCCCCAAUAUCAAAGUGCUGGAUGGUGAAAGAGUUGUCGGGCGUGGAAGCGAUCUGUAUCAGUUAUGCAAGGACAUUGAUGAUACCAUAAAAGCUGGUCUGUACAAGAAUGGACAGCUUGUUGAACAUCCUGAUUGCAAGCCAUGGGUGGAAGAUAGUUACUGGGAGAUAAAGAGAUCUAAUAAUGCCAUUAUUGAAGAAGCCUAUAAGCAAUUUAAUGAUGUUCUUCAUGAAUGCAGACUCCUCAACAACAGAGCCACUCAUGUGAUUUCACAAACUGAAAGAUCCAUGAGCCUGAAGAAGCAACCAAAACAAUAUGCCAUCUGAGCCGGCCUAUUUCGAACACAUUCGUGGGCAACAUUUAUCAACUUCUCUGCUUGUAUGAUAUACCAUGGCUAAUGUACUGUAGGUUUUUGCAGAUUAACCACUCUGUAUCCAAAUGCUUGACAUUUACCAUUGCCUGACACACAUGCGCUGUCUUGCAGUGUGUGGCAUUUGCUGACCUUGUACUCAUCCUAUGCAUUGGGUAUUGGACAAAACAUGUAGGUGGUGUGAAAACCUUUACCCGUACCGACAGCCCUCAGUUUGGUUCAAAGAUGUCUUUACUUGCACAGUGUGCAUUUUGUACCAUAUUGUAGCCUCCAUUUAUGCUGAGGGCUGCUUUAUGCUGCUUAAGAUUUUCUAUUGGUUCUCAGUAAUUUAUAGCUUUUUUCCAUUUUGCAUUGCUGGAGAAUUCGGGAAGUUAUUGUGUCCCAUGCUGUGUGCUUUCUUUGUAAGUUCAAUUUCUGCAAAAAGAAAAAGGUGAUUUAAUGAUUGCUUCAGCUGUUUCUACUUGUUUUAUACCAUAAAGUUUAUUAUAUGUGUAAUCAAAAUGUGGAAAAUACAGUGCGUAUGAAGCUUUAA